AUGACAACUUUAAAAACUUUCGCUAAAACAAGUGCUACUGGUCAAAAAUCAACUGUAACCGACAAUUCACCACCUGUAGUACGUCAGAGACACAAAUCUGUCAUGAUAAAGAAAAGGGCCAUUAAACAACAAGUAUCUGACGACGACGAUGGAAACAAAAAUGAACCGGAGGCUUACCGUCCCCAUCCUGCUACCAAUAUCAAAAUCAAGAGAACAAAAUAUUCAACUUCUUUGGAUCCUCGAGGUUAUAUCCCUGUAUAUGAAUUUAUCAUUAACGACCAGCCAAUUAUGUGGGAUCGAGAAAAUGGAUACGUUCAUUUUACUGGUAUAUGGAAAGCCCUCGGGAAUAACAAAGCUGAUAUCGCUAGAUUAGUUGAUACACAUCCGGAUUUAGCAUCAACCAUCAAAAAAGUUAGAGGAUGA